AUGGAGAAUAUUACACUUAUUGGUAAGAGGCUGGUUUCAACUUAUAGUUGUCAGAAGAGUUAUGUUGACCGUAAAAGGAGACCAUUAUCAUUUGAAGUAGGAGAUCAAGUCUUCUUGAAAAUAUCUCCUAGAUGGGGAUUGAUGAGUGCAGAGAAAAUUGCAGAUCUUCUGUAUGAUUCGCUUAGGGUUUUUGCCAUGGCGGAGGAGGAGAAGAGGCGGGCUUUAGGGCUUGGGAGGCGGUCGAAUCGGGGCGAUUUGAAGUCUGCGUCGGUGAUGAGGGAUCGGGGAUUGUGGAUGAAUCGUGACAAGAGAAUUGUGGGUCCGAUCCCUGGUGUUUACAUUGGUGAUUUGUUCUUUUUUAGAAUGGAAUUGUGUGUAAUUGGACUCCAUGGCCAAGCUCAAGCCGGGAUUGAUUACCUUCCGGCGAGUCAGAGCUCGAAUCACGAGCCAAUUGCGACGAGUAUAAUUGUCUCCGGUGGGUAUGAAGACGAUGAAGAUGGGGGUGAAGAGAUAAUUUACACUGGUCAAGGUGGGCAAGACAAGAAUUCGAAGCAAUGUGUUCAUCAGAAGUUGGAAGGCGGAAAUCUUGCUUUGGAGCGGAGUAUGCAUUACGGGAUUGAAGUCAGAGUGAUUCGAGGCCGGAAAUAUGAAGAAUAUUAA